AUGGGCUGCGUUCGACACCAUGGCGCGCAGACAGCCAAACCAGCGAAGCGGGUGAGUUUCGGCCCAGUCACUUACGUCUCUGCUCUUCUCAUCGAAGCAUCAGAAGGCGCAUACCCACAUGACAGCCGCCGCCUCGUAGAUGCACUCGCGCCGCACCCUUGCGUGUCGGGGCCUGCGACAGUGGCGAUCGUCGCUGCUGCGACAACGCCGCACGCACACAAUGAAGUGGACGGGCUCCUUGGGAUGGGAGAGUUGGAAGAAUAUGCAGCACAGCGAACACUGCUCCUCGGCUCCUCCGUCGGCCGACCCCACGCAAUGCUGUGGUCUGCACAACAGGCCGCCAAUGUUGUCACUGACGACAACUGGAAAGGAGGCGACACACAGGAUCGGACGGCGGUGCCACCUGAGCGCGCAACUCCCGCUAGCUCAUCUGGAAGUAGGUCAGCGUCGUUCGAUGGUGUCAUGUACGAUACUCUGGUGAAAAGCAGACCCGCCACACGGCGCUAUGUGGACAGUGCGGCAAAGGGACAACAGCGCAAGGACAUGCGAAUCGUCGUCUUUGGCUUUGGAAAAGUCGGCGACGUUGUCGCAGUUGGGGCCAGCAGUGGAGAGCGUCCUAGGCGGCUCCCAGAGCACCCCACAGAGCCCUUUGGCUGCAUCCUCCUUCGCUAUCGCCCCCUGGAAGUAGCUGCUGCACGGUCGAAGGCGCAGCGGAUCAAUCAUGCGCGGCGAACUUAUCGUCACUGA